CGGGGGUCUAAGGCGGCUCCGCGCAGGCAGCGCAGGGUGACCACGGCAGCGAGCCGCCGCCCAGCCAGAGCUACACCCGGUGCUCCCGCUCGGCAGCGUCGGCAGGAGUGAGACUGAAGAAUAAUGUAUGAAAGUUAUUGACAUCAUGACAACCAUCCGACACAGAAAGGGAAUAAAAGUCACAGAAGUUGCUGAAGAUCAUCUGACACAAGAGAAAAAUGUGAAGCCUGAUGGAAGAGUUCGAUCUGUUUACACAGGUGGAAAGCUAUGGAAGAGACUUUCACUUACAGUUGGUGGAACUGUUGCCAUAUCUCUUGGACUUCUUACUUCUGUUUAUGUUGCUACUCUACAUGAAAAUGACCUGUGGUUUUCCAAUAUUAAGGAAGUAGAACGGGAAAUUUCAUUCAGGACUGAAUGUGGAUUGUAUUACUCCUACUACAAAGAGAUGCUGCAGGCUACAUCCAUCCAACAAGGUUUACAUGACUUAAUAUAUGACAAUAAAACUGAAUCUCUGAGGACAAUUAACAUACUUGAAAGGAUGAAUGUUUACCAGGAGGUGUUUCUCAGCAUACUGUAUAGGAUUCUUCCCAUUCAGAAGUAUUUAGAGCCUGUUUAUUUUUAUAUCUACACUUUAUUUGGACUUCAGGCACUUUAUGUCAUUGCUCUGUAUGUAACCAGCUGGCUUCUUAGUGGAACAUGGCUUUCAGGUUUGUUAGCAGCUUUCUGGUAUAUUACAAACAGAAUAGAUACCACAAGAGUAGAAUUCACCAUUCCAUUAAGAGAGAACUGGGCACUGCCAUUCUUUGCAGUUCAGAUAGCAGCAAUCACAUACCUAUUCAGAUCUCAUUUACAGCCUCUUCAUGAAAAACUGACACUUCUGGCAGUGUUUAUAUCAACCUUUCUCUUUAGCUUGACUUGGCAAUUCAAUCAGUUUAUGAUGCUGAUGCAAGCAUUAGUAUUAUUCAUAUUGGACUGUCUUGACAUGCUUCCUACAACAAAGGUUACAUGGCUCUACAUUAUACAAUUAACAGGCAUACUACUGGUCUGUGUUCUACAGUUCUUUAAUUCCAUGAUUCUUGGAUCCCUACUUAUAAGUUUUAAUGUGUCAGUCUUGCUAGCAAGAACAGUUCAGAAAAACAUGAAAAUGGGAUGCUUGCUAAAUAGACUUGUGAAACUUUUCUUCCAUGUACUCAUGGUGUUAUGUUUGACACUUCUAGUUAAUAACUUUAUUAAGAAAAUUCUUAAUCUUGAGUCAGAUGAACAUAUAUUUAAAUUCCUGAAAGCAAAAUUUGGAUUUGGAGCAACAAGAGAUUUCGAUGCUAACCUGUACCUCUGUGAAGAAGCAUUUGGUCUGCUGCCAUUUAAUACUUUUGCAAGACUCUCAGAUACAUUACUUUUUUAUGCCUACCUAUUUGUUCUCUUGCUUAUGGCAAUAGCAGCUGCUGUUGUUGCUUUUCAGAAUCUCAGUGGUUCAGCUAAUGUCCAAUCCAUGGAUAAAAUGGAAAUUUCCACAAUAGUACUGAAGCCUGGAGCUACCUACAACUUAAUGCACACAAUUCUGUUUGGAUGCCUGGCUUUAAGCACAAUGAGAAUGAAGUACCUUUGGACUUCCCAUAUGUGUGUAUUUGCCUCUUUUGGUUUGUGCAGUACUGAAGUUUGGGGAUUUGUCCUGAAAUCUGUUCGUCUCUACACACCACAGAGGCUAUGUGUCAUUAGGUAUUUGGUACCAAUAAUCAUAUUGCUGUACCUUUCCUGUAAGUUCUGUCCAGGAAUGGUGGAUGAGCUGUCAGAGCUGAGAGAAUUCUAUGAUCCAGACACAGUGGAGCUGAUGAACUGGAUUAAGUCAAACACUCCUAAGAAAGCAGUGAUUGCUGGGAGCAUGCAGCUAUUAGCAGGAGUCAAACUGUGCACUGGAAGGAUCUUAACUAAUCACCCACAUUAUGAAGACAAGAGUCUAAGGGAGAGAACAAAACAAGUUUAUCAGGUAUAUGCAAAAAGAUCUCCUGAAGAUGUCUACAGCAUACUGAGAUCCUUUGGAACAAACUAUGUAAUCUUAGAGGACAGCAUAUGUUAUGAAAGAAGGCAUAGCAGAGGCUGUCGGUUACGAGAUCUGCUCGAUAUAGCUAAUGGUCAUGUCAUGGAUGGUCUAGGAGAGAAUGAACCUGAUCUGAAAGCUUCACUGUAUCCUCGCUUCUGUGAGGAAAUUAAAAAAAACUUGUCUUCUUAUUCUAUGUACUUCACUAGAGUGUUCCAGAACAAAACAUUCCAUGUUUACAAGCUUGCUAAACAUAAAUAGCGUAUAUUCCCAACAGUGGUUUUAAAUUCAGUAUGUUAUUGCUAGGACGACAGUGGGAAAUGCUGAAGAAGUUUACAAAAUGUUACUUUUUUAGGCAUUUUAGAUUGUGUUUCUUGUUUAAUGACUGUGAUUCUUCAGUUAGUUUGACAGUUUAAUUUUUAUAACAUUCUUGACAUUGACAGGGAAUUUUCCAUUUUUAGCUGACUGAAAAACAUGUGCAGAAUAGGCAGUCUGCAUCAACGCUGCAGAAUGACUAAUUUAUACAAUUCUGCUCAGGGGUUUGAAUAUUUUACUGUACCAUGAACGUGAUAGAAGUAAGCUGAGUCUAGGCCUUGUUACUUCAUAACUAAAUAUGUGUUAGCUGUGGUCUUUGAAGACAUUAAAACAGUAAAAACUUUGGUUUCAAUCCUAGAAGCUCAUCCUCGCAGGCAAACUUCUCUACCCAUGCAGAGCCUGUUUUGUCUUCAGUGAGACUCUCUUGGACCCUUAGGCCCACAUAGUUUGGAUCUGAUGGCAGGAUCGAAGCCUUUGAUAGUGAAAACACAUUGGAGACUAGAGUAACCUCCAUGUUGUCAAACACUUUUUAAUUAUUCAGAUGUGUGCUGUUGCUUGUUUUUAUGCUGUUUUAACACCAUGAUAGAUCUUAGUGUAUUUCUUUUGAGACUUUAAGGUUGGAGCAUGUUUGAUACAUGUAGCACUUUGGUAUCCUCUACUAAAGGCAAUUUAAAAUGCUCAGAACAAGUAUAACAAAUGAAAUACAAAAUCUUUCAUGAUCCUUAUAAUACUCCUCCUUUGCUAUAUUCUGCUUUCCCUCUGUUAAUGCCACAUAGAACCAAGAGUAGAAUAUCAAAGUUGAACACUGCAAUGGAGAUGAGGGGAGCAUAUUGCCCUAAAAAUGGCAGUGAAAUUGUAUGCUCACAAUGGAGUUCUUUGCGUUAGGGUAUUUGAAGUCCCCAUAAAACAUUUUUAAAACAAAACACUGUCACUGUUUCCCUCCUUCUCACCCUUAGUCAGUCAUUUAUUUUGGACUGAUUUUGAAGAUGAUGUUCUAUCUUUAAACUUUUGUAAACUUUGUGUUUUGUUUGUAGUCUUUAUAUUUUUUCCAGGCUAGAAUUUUGUGAAUUCUAUGGAGUUUUUAAAUACCAUGUAUAAAAGAAGUCACUGUUACAGUACUUUAGUGCUAACUUAUUGUUUUUAUACUAAUUAGAAACUAGGUCUGCUUGAAAGCCUAACAGCACUCUCCCACUUUAACUAGGCACCUGCUAUCCUUAUUUGUUUCUUGUGAAAAGCAGAACAGGUAAUAAUCAAGUGCCUCUAGGUCAGUGCUGAAUUAACAUUUAAACAUGUAUAGGAGUAUAUGUGGCCUGCUCAAAUAAUUCAUUUAUGAUAAUUACUGUUGCAGUUAAUUUCUAAUGAUGAGAAACUUAAAAGUGCUACUGAUAGCAGACUCCACAGUUAAUCUAAUCAAGAUGUGUAAUGAAAUUAACUUUCACAACUGAGCUGUAUUCCAAUUCCAAAUGAUUUAAAUGUUUUCCAUUUGUAGUUGUACUAAGCUAAAUUACUGCAGGGAUAGAGAUGGUUAUGUCACAUGCUCAAACAAUUUUAUAUUCAGUAAAUACUCAUUAAGCAGCAUUCAACAUCUUUCUGAACUUUCAUGCUAACACAAAAGGAAAGUGUGCUUUAAUCAAACUGUAUUUAAAUCAAACAUUGAUGGUAGCUAGGUUGUUAAACCAGGCAACUGGAACUCCUGAAUAAUUUCUGUCCUGUAUUCCUUAAUGAGGUUGGAGACCACUGCAGUUUAACAUAAUACAAUAAUAAAACAUUUUAAUCAGUAUUAAAACUUUAAUUAAGCCCGUAAUGAUGCAUACCUGUUCUUGCUGACAGUAUUGGUCAGUAAAUUCCUCAAUGAGUGCCUUACAAUAAUUGAAAACAAGCACAUGUAAGGUAUAGUAUGUUUAGACUAUGUUGUCUUAUUUUAAAAUGCAGUGUGGUCUUCUUUUAAGGUGCAGUUACUUUGCUCUAAUUAUAUUUAAAUAUUCCAACAUACAUCAGUCUUUUGAUUUUGAGAGUCUUGCUGAUAGGUAUAGUACUAUUGAGAAUAAAAAAUUGUGACUAACAUUAAUUAUUUUAAAUAGAUUGACAUUUGUUAUAAUUUUAAUAUAGAUUGUAUUUAAUGUUGCCAAAACAGAGCUGAAGCCUUUUGCAGAAACUAUAUGAAGUACCAAAAAAAAGAAAAAUUUACAAGGUAGAGCCCAAGAUAGCUUUGUUCUUUGCAGAUUAUAAGAAACAUACUUCUUGUUAUCACAUCAUCAGCAUAGGGCAGUAUUGUUUAUAGAAUACAAAUUCCCCAAAGGCAUCAUAAACAUUUGAAGUGUUAGCUGCAAAAUAUUUAGUUCCUGAAGUCAGCAGUUGUUAAGGUCUAAAUGGUUUGAAAGGUGUGUGUCAUUUUAAACAUUCAAACUUUUCUAGGCCCUGAAAGAAUUAAUUCUAGAUGGAAAGGUAUAUUUAAAUAGCUAAGUGAUACUCUAUUUGUGCUAUCUCCUUAGAACAGAAAGUAAGGGAAAGCCAGGAGAAAAUACAAUAGGAGCAAAACACUUACCAGCUGGAAGGAAAAGAGAUACAACUAGCAGCACUAUAGGUAACCAUUUUAGUACUGCAGCUUACUGCCUUUCCCAAAUUUAAAGGACUAAUUACUAGAGGAGAGCAUGCUGGGAAAGGGUGAUCCCAAACUGGACAGUUCAUUGGUGACCAGGCAGCUAACAGACAACACUCCAGUCGUGGUUGAUGGUAGGAAAAAACGUUAAAUUUCCUGUUCUCUGGGAGCCAGGAUUAGGGUGUAAGAAUCCCUGAGGCUUUCCUAUCUCAAGUCUGGUGUUUUAUGUAUUUGUAAUAAUUAUGUCCUCCUUUUUUGGUGGUUUGCUAUGAUAUAUGUUCAUGCAUUAAAAUAUGGAUUCCUUUUUGACAACAACCUCUGCCUCUGAUUGAAAUUCAUCACCCCAGUACAUCUUCACAAUUCCAAAUGGCUAUCAUGGCAUUUCUCAUUAUUUAUGCUAAAUCAGAUGCACCUCCAUUUGCUAUAAAAACUGUUGUGCAUUUAGGGAGAUCUAUAGAUUACUAACUCAGUGACUCCUUGAAUAUAUUGCAUACUGUUCGUGACCAUAGUAAGGACAUUUGAACAGAUACAGUUUUUGCCAUAGUGCAUAAUUUGUAAGUGCAGAGAAAUCUUUAGAUCACAGAGCUGAAACAUCAUCAGAUAAGGGAUAUUUUUUUUUAGGUGAGAAAAGCCGUUGGGGUUCAGAAGUACAUUGCCCUUUCUGAUUUGAAUAUUCUGUUGGUGAGAUCUCCUAUAUAAUUUUUAUAAUAUGUUGUACUGAGAUGUUAUGAAUAUUGUAUACUUAAUAAAGUUU